CAGCUGCAACCACAAAUUCAACUAUUAAAUCAACCAGACAGACUGAAAAGAAUGAUUAUGAUUCUAUUGUUAUCCAGGAGGUAGACAUUAAUGAUAUUGUGUAUGUUGAGAUCGACUGCCUUGAUGUGAGAGACCUUAUUGAGCGCAAAAUUAAAGA